UGCGGAUAAUUCAGGAUUCCCGAAUGACGUAAAUCUGAUUACCUUAAUUAGAACAAUUAAUCAGUACUUUAGCUAGUUCAUACCUGAGGAUUCUGGAUACUAUUAGGCCCCUUACAUAUUGCAGAAGAAACCUUCAAAAUGGCUCGGUGGUUUCCCUCGUUGAAAAAUCAAUUCAAGAAUAUCUUGCCAAUUAAGAAUUCACCGGCGAAAAUCCAGACGUGUUCUUCAUGUUCCUCGAGUGUCGAACAAGUUCAAGUGAAUGUUUUUGACCCGAAAACUCAUUCGGGACGAUAUACGGACGUUUUUAUCCAUACGAAGGACGGUUUGCGGGGUUCUUUUUACCUGACACUCAAUGGCACUGACGCAAAAGGAGCGUCACCUGAUUCUAGCAAGAAAAACUCUUUGUUUCCUGCCGUGUACCUGAUGCCAGAUGACGCUGGUAGUCUGGCUCAAGAACAAUUGCAAAUUUUCGGGAAUGAAUUUCAGUGUAGACGAAGUUUCCCGACUCCAGAUGGCGUGGAUGACGUGAAAUCAGUGGAUUUGCUGGGGGCAGCUUUCCGGGAUGAAACUGCGACGUUCGUUGAUCACAUAAAGGUUACGAUAAAUGACGAACAUGGGAAACGAUCCAAAAUAUUCCCCGUGAAGAAACACAUGAGAGCGUUCAACAAGAUGACCUUCGAUGCAGAGAAAUGAGACUCUGGGAAAUCAUUGAGCUGAUUUCAUAUGUCACGAAUCUUUUGAGUGGAUAAAGGCAUAUAUAUUCCGUCGAUAUGAGAUGCGUUUUUACCCGCAGCGAUUUUUGCUGUGAUUGCUUCCAUUUGUGGAGUUACGCAGGAUUUCUACAAUAUUUAUUUCAUCUGAGGAGGGAAUAAUAAACUACCGAAGCAUCUUA